AUGUCCGCGUCACGACCGGGGAUGCGUCCCCCAUUUCCUUCCAAAGCUGGCCCCCGGGCGCCAGUGGGACGUCUGGCUAGCUUGAAACCUCCGUCUUCUACGCAAAUCAAGCGUCCUCAGUCAAUCUCCCGGCCUCAGCCGACCCGGCCGACUACCCAUCCUAAGACCACCACCUGCCCAAAUCCCGGCUGUCCUGCGCCUCAUAUUGUCGAGGAUGAUGGCCAGAAAGUUUGUUCAGGAUGUGGUACUGUUAUCAGUGAAGCAAACAUUGUUUCCGAAGUUACCUUUGGGGAAUCCUCUUCCGGUGCCGCCGUCGUCCAAGGUACCUUUGUCGGAGAAGACCAAUCUCACGUCCGCAGUUUCGGACCAGGCUUCCAGCGCGGUGGUGCGAUGGAGAGUCGAGAGAUCACAGAACAGAACGGCUCUCGUUAUAUUAACCAGCUGUCCCGGGCUCUCAAUGUCCCGGAGAGUGCUAUGAAAGCUGCCGGUCAGGUUUUUAAGCUCGCUGUGGGUCUAAACUUCAUUCAAGGUCGUCGGACCAAAACUGUGGCCGCGGUAUGCCUCUACAUCGCCUGCCGUCGACAGGAUGGCAACACGGUCAUGCUGAUCGAUCUCGCCGAUGUGCUCAUGAUCAAUGUGUUUAAGUUGGGACGGACGUACAAGGCCUUGUUGGAUGAAUUACGUCUCGGUGGCAACGUCUUCCUCAUGAACCCUAUUGAUCCGGAGAGCUUAAUAUACCGGUUUGCCAAACAACUAGAGUUUGGGCCCUCCACCAUGCAGGUCGCCAGUGAAGCUGUGCGGAUCGUGCAGCGCAUGAACCGCGAUUGGAUGACCACCGGCCGUCGUCCCGCAGGUAUCUGCGGUGCUGCGCUAAUCCUUGCGGCGCGGAUGAACAACUUCCGUCGAACGGUCCGCGAGGUUGUCUACGUGGUCAAAGUCACGGAAAUCACUAUCAGUCAGCGCCUCAACGAGUUCAGUUCGACCGAGAGUGGGGAGUUGACUGUCGAUCAAUUCCGUUCUGUGCAGCUCGAGAAUGCUCAUGACCCACCGUCAUUCACCCGCGCACGCGAUGGCAGGAAGCCCUCGCGAAGUUUCACGAAACGAGGGGGUGCAGAGACCGCCGCGGAAAUCGAGGGAGAUCUACACGAUGUCAACGCCACCGCCUCCAGCUCUCGUCAGGCGAGUCAGGCCAAGCGAGUGGAUGCGGAUGGCUUCGCCAUCCCACCUCUUCCCAUCGAUCCUGCGUUGACCCCCACUGAAAGUGACCAACGACCGGAGAGGUCUGCUGUGGAGGAGCUCGUCGCAGAGAUGGACGAGGAAUCCGCCAGGGCCAAAUCCGAGCGGGCUAAAGGUUCCAGGUCGAAACAGCUACCUGUCCCAAGUGCUGAUCAGGUCGCCUCGGAGGAGGCUCUAGAGAAUGAAAUGACGGCAUUACUCUCAAAGGGCUCGAACAUGAUCGAAUCUACUGUGGAGCCAAAAAAGGUAGUGUCUGACAGCGCAGACAUUGAUGAAACGGAAUUUGAGUCUGAUCCGGAGGUCUCGAACUGUCUCCUAUCCCCGGCCGAAGUGGAGAUCAAGGAACGAAUUUGGGUGCAUGAGAACAAAGACUAUCUUCGAACCCAGCAGGCAAAGGCGCUCAAACGAGCUUUGGCCGAAGCUGACUCGGGGCCUGGCAUGCAUAAACCCCGCAAGCGCCGUCGCGGCCGAAUGGGCGAUGUCACAUACCUCGAGGGGGAGGGGGAGGACGGGGAUGGUAGAAGCACGCGCGCCUCCACACCAGCCGAGGCCACCCGCCGGAUGCUGGAACGGAGGGGUUUCAGUAAAAAGAUCAACUAUCGACUUCUGGAGUCCCUCUUUGGCGAAGAGGGCGCCGACGAAGCAGCCAAGGCCAAGGCAGAGAGCAUGAGCCGCAGCCGCAGCCAGAGUGUGAUUUCGCGACGUAGCGCCAGCAUCGAGCCCGAGGCUGCAUCGAAACGCGCUAGGAUUGCCACUCCUGCUACGAGCUCCAAACCUGCUGGCUCUCCUGCCCCUCCUGGCCGUGUAGCCGCAGAGAAGCCGACUGGUGUGGGUGUGGGUGUUGAUAAGCCCGAGCAUACAGAUGCCGGUGGUCCGGAACCUGGCACAACGGCGGAAGACAACGAGGAACCCGAGGAUGACUACGACGAGGAGGAUGACGAAGACGAGGCGGAUGGAGAUGAUGGCCUCGAUGCCGCGUUUGCCGGUCGAUAUGAGGAGGAUUACUACGAUGAUUAUUAUGGGGACAGCGACUAG